UAUGUGCCGUUGCUGUGGCAACUGGAAACAUGGCCGACGACGCCGACGCGAAGGCGGGAUCAUCGAUGGAUAGACACAAGGAAAUCGGCGUAAAAAUGACAGAAGAAGAGGCCGUCAAAGAUAUAGAGCCCCUCUACGAUACUCCAACUUUCAAAACGAAAACGAUUCAGGAGUUGAUGUUGAUGGGUUUCCAAGACGAGAAGACAAAAAUGAAUGCACAAGCCCUCAAACUCACAUGCGAAAUCCUUAGGCUUCUGGCUCAUGAGGGUGCCGCAAGGGCAGCCAUGCAAGCAAAGCUGCAGGGGGACCGUGAGGUUACCCUGGAGCACCUGGAGAAAAUUUUGCCACAGUUGAUGCUGGACUUUCCUUGAACAGGUCCACCCGAAUCAUGCCGAGGGCCUGAUGAAUGAGAUAUCUAGGAGUUCAUGUAUGCAUAGUUUUAAGUAAAACAAGUUUUCUUUUAGUCGAAUAAACGAUGCAAUAUUUUUGCAGGCGCAUAA